GCGUGGUGCUGAGACCGUUGACCGUUCUCUUGGCAGUGUUGACGAUGAAUGGAGUGCCUUCUCUGCGCGAGUGCGUCCAUCGUAGCAAACGCCCACCUCCAGGUGUGCAAUGGCUCCGGAGCUUCUGUUUCCCGCGAGGGGGAAAUUUCUCCCUGCAGCAGUAUCAGGCGUCUGUCCUCAUUUUGACGUUUGUUGCUUAUUCGAUGUAUCACAUGUCCCGAAAACCACCAUCUAUGGUAAAGAGUGUUUUGCACCCUCCAGAGCCGCACGGCAGUGGAGCAGCUGGCUGGCCUCCAUUUAGUGGUAAAAGGGGUUCAGAGUUAUUAGGAGAAGUGGAUGUUGCGUUCCUUGCAGCUUAUUCUCUGGGCAUGUUCUACAGUGGUCAUUUAGGAGAUCGUCUCAACCUACGGUUGUUUCUCGGUGCCGGUAUGAUUGGCUCUGGACUGUUCACGUGCCUUUUUGGCAUGGGCUAUUUUUGGAACUUCCAUAGUUUAGGAUACUUUCUUCUUAUCCAAGUUGUGGCGGGGCUAUUUCAGUCGACUGGAUGGCCGAGUGUGAUUGCUUUCGUCGGUAAUUGGUUUGGCAAAUCGGGUAGAGGGUUGAUAAUGGGUAUUUGGAACGCUCACACGUCUGUGGGGAACAUACUGGGCGCCGUCCUCCCUGCUGCUGUCCUCGAUUGGGGAUGGGGGUGGUCGUUCGUGCUCCCCGGCGUCAUGAUCAUAGGAGCGGGCUUUCUAGUAAUUGCUUUCCUGGCAGUGGACCCUGAGGACGUGGGCCUGCCAACGCCUAUGCACACACAAGGAGACAGUGAAGAUCGGGUGGAUAGACACGUGUCGCGAGGGAGAGGGGUGGGUGGUCGUCAAGUGGAGGCGGAGGAGGAGAUGGUGCUUUUCGACAGCAGCAGCAGCGGAGAUAGGGGUUUGGCAAGGAGUGCCUUUUCGGGUGAAGGAGAACAGGGGGAUCCCAACGAUCCCCAAACUGUGAAUAAGAGGACAAUUGAGGAGAAGGUAGGGGGGGGCGGUGUGCAGGAGGGGGAGGGGGAGGGGGAGGGGGAGGGGGAGGGGAAGGAGCCUACUUUCGACGAUGACCACUUCAAAACUGUGGACGGAGUGAUCGUAAGGGAGAGCAUUGGGUUUCUAGAAGCUUGGAAGAUUCCUGGCGUUGCCGAGUUUGCCUCGUGCAUGUUUUUCUCGAAGCUCGUGGGAUACACAUUUCUCUACUGGCUGCCUUUCUACGUCAAGAAGACACCGAUUGCGGGACGGUCUUUGACCGAUGAGCAGGCGGGUGAUUUGUCAACCCUGUUUGACUUUGGCGGGAUCGUCGGGGGUGUUAUUGCAGGCUACGUGUCGGACAAGUGUAACAUGAACGCUUCGGUGGUGUGCACCUUCUUCGUCCUUUCCGUCCCCAUUCUGUGGAGUUACUCUACAUUCGGCAGUGUCUCUCUGGUACUUAACAUCGUCCUGAUGUUCACCUCUGGGUUGGUGGUGACUGGACCCCUUUCCCUCAUCACGACCGCUAUAUCAGCUGACUUGGGCACACACGAAUCGCUUACGGGUAACGCCAAGGCCUUAGCGACCGUGGCGGCAAUCCUAGAUGGAACGGGCUCCAUUGGCGCUUCGCUGGGCCCGCUGCUUACGGGUUUCGUAAGUGAGCUGGGAGGGGAUAAUCAAGGGUGGGUGUAUGUCUUCUGGAUGCUUAUGGCGUCGAUAUUAAUCGCCGGCCUGUUGCUGACCAAGCUAGUCAUUGCAGAAGUGAGGGAGAAGAUCGCUGUAACAAGACCGUACGAGGCGUGGGCAGUUUUUCCUUCACAAAUAGGAAUGAAGAAGAGAGGUGUACUGGAGAAGCUACAACCGGAUGGGAGUGGUGGGAGUGGGAGUGAAGUCAUGGAGUCGUUGGCCCGUUGUUCCGGAGUGAGUGCGGCGGAUGGCACAGUGCCGGUCGCUCCUCCGAAGUCCCGCAAUGGCGGGCAAUUUGGUAUCAUUCUCCUCACGCUCUCUGCGGGUAUCGGUGGAUUCCUCUUCGGUUACGACACCGGUGUCAUUUCCGGUGCUCUCUUGUAUGUGCGCGACGACUUUCCGUCAGUCGACCAGAGCACUGAACUGCAGGAACUCAUAGUGAGCAUGGCUAUAUUGGGGGCAGCGAUCGGGGCAGCGGCAGGUGGACAUUUGAACGACAAGUUCGGGCGGAAGCCUAGCAUUUUAAUGUCGGAUGUCGUCUUCGCCCUCGGGGCACUGGUUAUGGCGGCCGCCCCGGGUCCAGUGCUCCUUAUUGUAGGCCGCCUUUUAGUGGGACUCGGCGUGGGACUUGCAUCCAUGGCUGUCCCACUGUAUAUUGCGGAGACGUCUCCUCCUGCCAUCCGCGGAGCGCUCGUCAGCGUCAAUGUUCUAAUGAUUACGACUGGGCAGUUCGUUUCUUAUGUGGUAAAUUAUGCGUUUACGGAAGUCCCCGGGACAUGGAGAUGGAUGUUGGGGGUCGCUGGAUUGCCAGCCGUCAUCCAAUCAGUGCUGUUGUUAUUUCUGCCGGAGUCUCCUAGGUGGCUGCUAAGGCAAGGAAGGGUGGAGGACGCUAGAAUUGCGACAAGGAAACUGAAUCUGGCGAACUGCGGUGAAGCGGAGAUGGCUGACUAUGUGGUCCAGCCAAAGCGGGAGGAGUAUGGUGGGGACCACGACCCUCCGGAACUAUUGCCUUUGGAAGGUGACAGCGGUAAUAUGAGUAGCAGCUGCUCGCGGGUGAAGGAAAUGAUAUCGCGGAAGGAGAUGAGGCUCGCGCUGACGGUAGGAGUGGGUUUGCAGGUAUUUCAGCAGCUAGUGGGUAUAAACACUGUGAUGUAUUACAGCCCUUCGAUUGUCGAGUUGGCAGGGUUCGCCGCGCAUCAGACGGCGCUGAAGUUGUCGAUGUUGGUGGCACUGACGAACGCACUUGGGACUGUCCUUGGUAUUUUGCUUAUCGACAGAUACGGGCGGCGGAAGCUUGUGCUAUGGAGUCUUGCUGGGGUGAUUGUUGCACUCGCAACCCUCUCAGUUUCCUUCAAGCUUACAGCAAACAGCUCACCGGGAGUCCAAGGAGGAGUCGGAGACCUGCCGCUCAGCUCCGACUUCGUUUGUCCCGCACCGUCGACGUUGAUGGACUGUGCGGAUUGUCUGAGCAACGGGUGCGGCUUCUGCGCCGCCGGGCGAGAUGUGCACGAGCAGAUGGCGGCAGGAGGGAGCUGCCUUGUUCUCAACUCCACGGCCGCGGCUGCAUGUACAAGUGCAUCGCAUAGUUGGUACGCUCGUCGCGGAUGUCCUAGCAAGUACGGGUUCCUUGCGCUCAUAGGACUCGUCCUCUACAUCAUGGCCUUCGCCCCUGGAAUGGGUCCCGUUCCGUGGGCAGUCAAUUCCGAGAUAUAUCCGAUUGAGUGGCGGGGUCUUGCGAACGGAGUGGCCGCCACAGCCAACUGGAUCGCGAAUCUCCUUGUCGCGCAAACCUUCUUGACGCUAACCAGGCUGCUCGGCACGUCACUGACUUUUCUACUAAUAAUGUUCAUUGCCAUCGCCGCUUUCGUGUUUGUCACAUUCUCAUUACCAGAGACGAAGGGUGCGUCCAUGCAACAGAUACAGGACAUGUGGGAGGAACUGGCGAGGAAAAGGUCGCCAUUGAGCGAUGGAUUUACGAAUGGCUAUGGCAAGCUAGGAGGGACCGCGAGCAAAAGUGUUGGGAGCUACGAGCGCGUAAGGACGGACGAGGUGGGGGCUGAUCCUGGACCGCGCUGACAGGUCUUCUUCUUCUUUGGAGCCCCCACUGUUGUAGGCACCUGAGGAUAGACUUUGAACCAGCCAGCCAAUAGGGUCAAAUGAGGGUCUUGCAUUUUCAUCGUUCCUUUCUUUUAACCGUCGGUUUUGAUCAACCUUUGCGUUUGGAUCGGAGAACUGGGCCUUUGAAGCCAAACAGGUCAGUAGUUUUCAUCAAGAAUGCCACAAGCCAGGAUUCGAGGGAGGAUUGGUGCAGAAAGGAAGAGCAAAUCGAUAGCGUAUCUUGAGAGA